AUGGAUCGGAUUUCACUCGACCCAUGGUUGGGAACUAAUGAUUGGUUCGGUCUACAACGAUUUUGGAUUGGAUCAUAACGAUCAAAUUAUAUCUGGUCUUGUUUCCACUUUUCCAGUUAUUCUAGAUACAAUUGUGAAAUAUUGGAUCUUCCUUUUUUUAAAUCGUGUAUCUCCUUCGCUUGUAGUAAUUUAUCAUUCAAUGAAUGAAUAAAGAACUCAUUUGAUCUUAUUAUAUCAAUCAAAUCAGAAUCUUUCUUCGUGUAUAAAGAAAGUAUUUUCAAUUUGACUUAAUUCUUUAUACUUUUAUCUGUUCAAGGUAUUCGUCCUAUAUUCCAGUACAAUUAUUCCAGUACAAUGACAGACUCGUGUAUAGGGAACUAUACUAGCUACCUAUCUAAUUUAUUGUAGAAAUUCGGGGAUCAAUGAUUGGACAUGCAAAAUAAAAAUACUUUUUCUUGGGUAAAGGAAGAGAUGACUCGAUCCAUUUCUGUAUCGAUCAUGAUAUAUGUAAUAACUCGGGCAUCUAUUUCAAAUGCAUAUCCCAUUUUUGCGCAGCAGGGUUAUGAAAACCCGCGAGAAGCAACGGGACGAAUUGUAUGUGCCAAUUGCCAUUUAGCUAAUAAACCCGUGGAUAUUGAAGUUCCGCAAGCUGUGCUUCCUGAUACUGUAUUUGAAGCAGUUGUUCGAAUCCCUUAUGAUAAGCAACUGAAACAAGUUCUUGCUAAUGGUAAAAAGGGGACUUUGAAUGUGGGGGCUGUUCUCAUUUUACCCGACGGAUUCGAAUUAGCCCCCCUUGAUCGUAUUUCUCCUGAGUUGAAAGAAAAGAUAGGAAAUCUGUCUUUUCAGAGUUAUCGUCCCAACAAAAGAAAUAUUAUUGUGAUAGGUCCUGUUCCCGGUCAGAAAUAUAGUGAAAUCGUCUUUCCCAUUCUUUCCCCCGACCCUGCUACGAAGAAAGACGUUCACUUCUUAAAAUAUCCCAUAUACGUAGGUGGGAACAGAGGAAGGGGUCAGAUUUAUCCUGAUGGUAGCAAAAGUAACAAUACAGUCUAUAAUGCUACAUCAGCAGGUAUAGUAAGCAGAAUAGUACGUAAAGAAAAAGGGGGAUAUGAAAUAACCAUAGUUGAUGCAUCGGAUGGACAUCAAGUGGUUGAUAUUAUACCUCCAGGACCAGAACUUCUUGUUUCAGAGGGUGAAUCCAUCAAGCUUGAUCAACCAUUAACAAGCAAUCCCAAUGUGGGAGGCUUUGGUCAGGGAGAUGCAGAAAUAGUGCUUCAAGACCCAUUACGGGUCCAAGGUCUUUUGUUCUUCUUGGCAUCUGUUAUUUUGGCACAAGUUUUUUUGGUUCUUAAAAAGAAACAGUUUGAAAAGGUUCAAUUGUACGAAAUGAAUUUCUAGGUGCAGAGAUUCCUUAACAUCAAGUUGGUAAAAAGCGCCGAAUUUUUUUUGAUCCAUACAAUUAUGUAUGAUCAAAAAAUCUGUAAACCUUUUUGGUUGCUUUGUUUAUACUUUUUUUUCGUUUUGCGGGAUGUCUGGAAUUCAUUACUUGUAUCCUAUUCUUAGUAAUAGACAAUAGACAUACAAAGAAAGAGAAUACAGAGCAAGGAUGGGAAAAAUGAAAGAAAGAAAUCCUUUUAGGAGGGAUUACUAGUCUUACGAGUCUUCUAUUCGACACAAGAAAAGGGCGGAAAAUCCUUUUUCUUGUGUCGUCUUAUAUCGAAAUAAUAAUGAUUUUUUCUCCUGUUCGUCAAAGAUUACCAUUCCUUCUUUUCCGGGUCCACCAGAACUCUUUUGGUUAGAUUCAUAGGAAGUUGUGGACAAACAAAAAGAGAGAAAGGAUUAGGGGAAUAAUUGAUUGAGCAAAUAGAACUUCUUCAAUUAACUUAAACUUUUAACUUAGAGAAAUUAUUCAAGAGAAAUUAUUCAAACAAAUUAUAUUAUAGAGUUUUAUAGAGUAAGUUCUAUAGAGUAAGUUCUAUUAGUAGUUUAGUAUAGAAAUUAUUUGCAGGAUGUCUCAUGCGUAGAAAUCUAUAUAAUAUUGUAUUAUUCAGAAAAUCCAUUGAUUACUCUUUUCUUGUUUCUUCAUAAGAGUUAAUAUUAUGGAGGAAAGGAAGAACAGAGACUAUGAAUCAAUCAAUAGAUUCAAUUCUUCAAAAACAUUAUUAAGAAACAAAAGAAUAGAGUGGUUUGAAACAUCAGAGCAAAGGAUCCGUUUUGUCAUUUCAUUUCUACGAAUAUAAUAUUUUGAUUAUGUUGACUGGCCAAUUUGUAUGUUAUGGAAUAGAUCAUAAUCUUCCUAUAAGAGUAAGAAAAGAACUCAACGGGACCUUAUCGCUCUAAUUAGACAAAGGAGGGUAAGGUCCCGUUGAGUUCUUUUCUUACUCUUUCAUGUCUACAAUCCGGUUUAUCCGAUUACUAGAGAGAUGAACCCAACCCAGAAUAUGAACCGUAAAAGAAAACACCUAUUAAACCGAUCACAGGAAUACCAGUUACAGUACCAACCAGCCAAAGAGGAAUCCUUCCAGUAGUAUCGGCCAUUUCCCCUACUUUCCUCCACAUUUUCUCAAAUGGUCGUGCUAGAGACAAAAACAGUCAUGGAUAAUUAUGAGGAUGGUAUCUUUCCGAAUGGGAUAAGAGAAUUCCUACUAUUCUCUUUCUUUCUUUCAAUUGAAGAAAUAAUUGGAAAAUAAAACAGCAAGUACAAAAAUGAGUAAUAAACCCCAGUAUAGACUGGUACGAUUCAAUUCAACAUUUUGUUCAUUCGGGUUUGAUUGUGUCAUAGCUCUAUAAUUCAAAUUAGGUUUAUCGUUGGAUGAACUGCAUUGCUGAUAUUGACCCCAAAAAAGAAACGGUAGGUACAGCUAGUCCGUGAACAGCCAACCAUCGCACUGUAAAAAUUGGAUAGGUUCGAUCUAUGGUCAUUGGGGGCCUCCUAAAAGGAUUUACUAAAUUCAUCAAGUUGUUCCAAAGAAUCAAAACGGCCGGUUAUCAAUGGAAUACCUUGUCGGCUCUCUGUGAAAUACUCGUUUGGCCGAGGACUUCCAAACACGUCGUAAGCUAAACCCGUACUGACGAAUAACCAACCCGCAAUGAAUAGGGAAGGUAUAGUAAUGCUAUGAAUGACCCAGUAUCGAAUACUGGUAAUAAUAUCAGCAAAAGAACGUUCUCCCGUGCUUCCAGACAUUCUGAGCUCCACAAAUUUUUGUACAUUCAAAAAAGGGAAUCGAUUCCUUGAAAGAUGGGAUCAGUAAAUGGAAAACUACUGAUAUUGCAUCUUUGUGAGAUCGUCAAUUUUGUACCAAAGGUUUAUUUCAAGUAUACCGAAUCAGUAUAGCUAUCCUUCCUCUGGCACAGCAACGCAGUCUCGAUCGGUACCGAAAUGCUACAUAAUUCUUUUCUUCUUUUUUUGUUCCUUGUCUAUGCAUAACUCUAUGUUAUUCAAUAGAUCAAUAGAAAAUUACUCAAAUUCCUUAUAAGAUUUCCAUUAUUGGAUUCAUAAUAGAAAGUAAAGAUCUUGGAAAAGCGUGAAUCGAUGGUUUCUAAUAAUUUAUGAAGCAUAUUAUAAUAUUCACACAAUUCAAUUAUAUGUAUGCGAAAUCUAUAAUAAACCCAUUUUUUGGUUAAAAGUUUUUUUGUUCAAAUCUUUUUAUUUCAAGUAAUUGGUUGGUCGUAUAAUACAAUAAAUAUACUGUAAUACAAAAUACAAUAGUAUAACUAUAUUAGUGAAAGAAACAGAACAUGAAAGAAACAGAACCCAGUUGGAACAAUCCAUAUUCGUGAUGCAACCGUUAUUGUAUUAGAUCCAAAACAAAGGUUCUUUCUUGACCAAACUAGAAGUAUGGAACUCCAUGAUAUGGAAAGACAGAAUAUAGAAUCUAAAAGGAUAAUGGAAGUUGUUCGUCUUUGAAUCGAGUUGGACCUGAAAAAAAAGAAUAAAAAUAUAAAAAUGAAAAAUAGAGUAAAGGUUUUAUUUUUUUCGAUAGAUCGUGGGACACCUUUUUCUUUUCAUUCGAAAUAUUAUGUUAUGGGCAAUUAAGCAACCUAUUACUGUACUGAGUCCAAUGAGUUAAAAUAAAUAAAAGGUAAAUAGUAUCAGGCCGUUCGUUCCAAAAAGGAUUAGAUCCUAUUGAAAUAGAAAGGAAAUGAUUAAAAUGGAAUUUUCAAAUCCAAUUCUUUUAUUCCAAAA